CCGAUUCACAGUUUAUGCUUCCUUCGAGUUAGAACCGAUGUUGGGAAACGGAGAGGCUCUCUAUGCGUCUGAAAGUCAUGUAGAGGAGUUGUCACGUUCUCUCCGGGAGAAAUGAGGACCGCAGCUCCUGAUCCUUCACUCCUUAUUACCCUAGGACGAUGGUAUUCUAGCCGUCUGGUAGUAGCCCCAAGCAGGGACGAUAGUAAUUUGGACUUCGAAGAAUCCGCGGACCUUAUUUGCCAGACAGAUUUAGGACAAGAAGCUCUCCUCCGCUACCACAAUGAAUACAGGAGAGAAGACCUUGAGAGUGCUGUCCAACAUUUCGAACGUGCUUGGCGCAAUUGUCCUUUAACGCAGCGAUAUAGUGCGGUGGUCCUUGUCAACCUCGCGAAGGCAAAGUUCAUCAGCUAUCAGACAAACCCAACGAGCACAGAUCUCGACGAGUCCAUCCUACUUUAUCGACAGGCCCUCCAUCUGCGCCGUCCUGGUCAUCCAGACAGACCAGCGACAUUACUGCAGCUCGCUCAAACUCUGUUAUUUCGCUACGAGAUGCAGGGAUGCGAUGAAUCCGUUGCAGACGAGAUCAACGAGAUCAUGCUCGAGUCCCAGGAUUUCUCUAAACACAGCCAUGAACGCCGAGCUGCGGAUCUCGUGCUCGAAACGCUUAAGCAAUGCAGAGUUGUAAACUCCGGUAACUUAGCCGAACUCGAUGAGUUGGUCUGGAAAUUGUACCAUAGUGCGAUGGUGCCUCCAGACAACCACUUUGAUAGACUGCAACGAUUGAACAACCUCAGCACUGCGCUGUGGAAAUGCUAUGAGGAACAUGGCAAACUCAGUGAUCUUUACCACUUGUUGGAGAUAAACAGAGCCCUUGAUGGUGUGUUGUGGAGACUAAGUCAGGGUGACGAGCUGCUUUUCUUUUACCCUAGGGUUCAUUUAAUCCCUGAUCCUGACCCCACCAUUUCCAUAUUUAGAAGAUCCCCAUGAUAUAUAUAAGAUCAUCUGUUCACAUAGUCUCCUCUACUAGGCAGACACUUUGUAAGUUAUGUAUCCUGAC